CUGUAGGGGAUGCUGUAGCCACGUCUGCUCCCUGUAGCCACGCCUGCUUAGGGGCUGGCUACAGAUGUGCCCAACAGGAUACCCAGGAGACUACCCCAACCCAGGAGCCCCUGCACUCUCCCCAGAGCCCUGCCCCCACUCAGGAGCCUCUGUCCCCACUCAGGAGCCCCUGACCCCACUCAGGAGUCUCUGUCCUAGCCGAGGCACAGCACGACAGGCAUGAUGGAGGAAGACGACAUAGAAGUAUGGCAACAAGUGUUCCAGGAGUUGAUUCAGGAGGUGAAGCCAUGGCACAAAUGGACCCUCACACCAGACAAGGACCUUCUUCCUGAUGUUCUGAAGCCAGGAUGGACGCAAUACCAGCAAAAGACCUUUGCCAGGUUCCACUGUUCCUCCUGCUCUCGCAGCUGGGCCUCUGGCUGUGUCCUGAUGGUCUUCCACAUGCACUGGUGUGAGAAGACGGGCACGGGGCAGGUGAAGAUGAGGGCCUUUGCUCAGAGAUGUAACAAGUGCCCUAAGCCUCCAUUUGCAGCUCCAGAGUUCACCUGGGACAACAUCUCAAGGAUCUUGAACAAUCUGCUCUUCAGAAUUCUGAAGAAAUGCUACAGAGAAGGGUUUGAGCAAAUGGAUGAGAUCCCUUUGGUUGGAGACACCAGUCUUGAAGGACCACAUGACAGCAACAACUGUGAGGCGUGUCUGCAGGGCUUCUGUGCUCACAGAGGCUUAGGCCUCGCCUCAAAACCACCAGGUGGCUCAUUGUCUCCCAACUCCUCUAAGUCAACCAGGGAGCCUAAGGUCACUGCCACUUGCAGCAAUGUUCCGUGCUCACAGCCCUCCUCUAAAGUGGGAAAGCCCCAAGCAUCAAAAGUGGACCCCAAAGUCAGUAACCCUCCCAAAGCUGACCCCAAGGUUAGCCACACCUCAAACCCAUCAACUACAAUAUUGCCAAUCCAACAGUUGUCACCAGUAAGCUCAGCUACCCCUAGCUGCGUCAUUCAAAUGCCUUCUCCCAUCAAGGGCAGCAGAACAGCAGAUGUGGGAAACAAGAACACCAGGUCCAAGGCCCCAAAGGCACUGUCCCCGUCCAUUUCCUCCUCAUUUGUCCCAUCCAUUUCCUCCUCAUUUGUCCCACCCACUUACUCAUUUGUCCCACCCACUUCCUCCUCAUUUGUCCCACCCACUCACUCAUGUGUUGUGCCCACUAUCUCCUCACACGUUGCGCCUACUCCCUCCCGUGUUGAGGCCAAUUCUUGGAGACCGCCAAGACAUUCUGCUUACCAGAUAGAGAGAAGCAGCCAUAUCCAUUCACCAAGUGAAUCUUCCUGCUGCGAAGCUUGCUGCGAGGACUUCUGUGGGUGCUUCGAGGCCUGCUGCAAGUGCUUCUGUGGGUGCUUCGGGGCCUGCUGCGAGGGCUGCAUCGAGUGUUUUGGUAAUUGCAUGUCACAUAGACCAUGUCAACGUUUGGUCUUCUUAGUCUUUGUUGCUGUUGUUGUGACACUUUUCAUAAAAUAUGGUAUGUAAGCCUUGAAAAAAGAAUGCUGAGUGGAAAAUGAAAUAACAACAUCCCAAAAAAGUCACACAUUGUGUAACCCUUUAUAUGAAAUGUCAAUAAAAUCAGUGGAGUCCCGAGUGGCUACCAGGA